CAGCUUCCUGCGACAGAUCCAACCUGCAACUCAAGAAGAGAGUUCCAGUGACUCGGACGCAGGAAAGCGCGAGAGACGUUCCAACAAGAGACAUGGAUAUUUCUGACGUGCUACUGUUGACAACCUUGAUUCUGACCUCUGCUUCAGCCCAAGACAGUAGCAGCUGUACAACACCAAACAGUGAACAAGGAGAAUGCAUCGACUUGAAGAAAUGUCCCGAUCUCUUGUCAAUGCUCACCAAAUUGCGUCCCUUGCCACCUGAAGUUGUCAACUUCCUACAACGUUCUCAGUGUGGGUUCAACGGCAAGAGCCCACUGGUGUGUUGCCCACUGUCAGCUACAACCACAACACCUGCACCAACAACACCGGGCCGUGAGCCCGCUGAGGAAGUGUCACCUGUGUUCAAUCAUCGAAACAUGAUGCUUCUUCCGCUCAACAUCUGUGGACCGGUCUCUGAAAAUAAGAUCAUUAAUGGGAACAAGACGGCACUUUUCCAGUAUCCAUGGAUGGCUCUCAUUGCAUACAACAGGGCGGGAAGCAGCACACGAGUGUUUCACUGUGGUGGCACAGUAAUCAAUGAAAAGUAUGUCCUGACAGCUGCUCACUGCAUCACUGAAUUACCAGACAGUAUGAAGCUAGCUGGUGUUCGGCUAGGUGAACACAACAUGGAUACUGACAUUGACUGCACAGAAGACGAAGAAGAAGGUGAAGUGUGUGCAGAACCCCAUGUGGACUUUGAUAUUGAAGAAUCUAUUGCACAUCCCAAUUAUUCUACCUCUCAUCUUCAGAAUGAUAUAGCUCUCAUCCGGAUUAAAGGCAUAGCCAACUUGAGAUCAGAUUCUAUAAAACCAAUAUGUCUUCCACUGGGUGCUGACCAAACCCGAAAAUUGGAUGGACAGAACUUGAUAGUAUCAGGAUGGGGAGCAACAGAAAAAGGUAUUUCCAGUUCUAUACUACUACAAGUUGCCGUGCCUGUCAUAUCACAGGAGCAAUGUGCUGGUAUCUACGACAGCAGAUCUGCUUCAUAUAAACGCCGUAUUAGGAUAACAUCAAAUCAGAUUUGUGCUGGUGGUGUAAAUGCUCAAGAUUCAUGUGAUGGUGACAGUGGAGGACCCCUUAUUUUCAAGGGUGAGGUCAAGUUAAGACCACGAUUUGUUCAGUAUGGAAUCGUAUCAUUUGGACCACGAUCUUGUGGCAUCAAAGGAUUUCCUGCUGUGUAUACAAAGGUUGCAUCCUAUGUAGAUUGGAUACUAAGCAGUAUGAUCCUGCAGACAAACUCGGCUCAAGAAGAAGACUCAUCCUGUGCAAAUGGAUUAUCAUGCAUGUCCCUGGCAGAAUGUACAGUGCAGUUAAGAGACCGGAAGCAGACCGAAAGUAACAUUCUGUUCAGGUGCAAUCAUGAGAAGCAGAAAGUGUGCUGUCUCUUAUCACCACGAAGUAAUGAAAACCCAAAUAUGCGCCUCUUGCCCAAUGAAAACUGUGGUCACAUAAGUGAAUCGAGAAUAACCAGUGGACAUAAUGCAAAAUUUGGACAGUUUCCAUGGAUGGCUCUCCUGGGUUCUAGAUUGAGUAAUGGAAGCCUGCUGUAUAUUUGUGGUGGAACCCUCAUCAAUGAUCAGUACAUACUGACAGCUGCACAUUGCCUGCAUCAAGCAAAUGCAACUCUAGAGAGUAUUCGACUUGGUGAACACAAUCUAGACACUGUGGAUGACUGUGACGACUACUGCACAGACCCAGUGAAAGAUUAUAACGUUGAGAAAGCUAUUUCUCAUGAAGAAUUUGAUAUUCACAAACUCAAGAAUGAUAUUGGAUUAGUUCGACUCAAGACUAAAGUUCCUUAUUAUACAGACUACAUCAAACCAAUAUGUUUACCAUUCGGUAUACAAGUAACAGGAGAAGAAGAGACAAAAUAUCAUAUAGCAGGAUGGGGAAAAACAGAUUUCUAUGAGUCUAAAGGCAGUUCUGUUCUACAGUUUGCCACAGUGAACAGUAUUCCUUUAGAGGAUUGUGACUCUCGCCAGGCAGUAGAAGUUCGUCCAUUGGUGGACACACAGCUCUGCGCUGCAGGAAAUACUGGUGAAGAUGCCUGCAAGGGAGACAGUGGAGGCCCUCUAAUGGAUAUUAUGCAACUACCAACACGUCCAACGGCCCAGAUCUUCCAAGUGGGCAUUAUUUCAUUUGGAUCAAUCCCUUGUGGAGCCCAAACCUCUCCUAGUGUUUACACAAGGGUGUCUGCAUAUCUAGGAUGGAUACUGGAUCAUAUUGCAGAAUAACAAAUAUAUUUCAAGAAGUGAAGUUAGAAUACUUGCAGGUUAGCUACCUAACAGUCAUAUUGACUGUUCAGAUACACAAGAUGUUACAAAAAUUAAUAUCAUACAUUGGGAUGUGUCACAAGAUGUCUAUACUGAGAAGUUAUGAUCUGAAAGCACUUCAACUGCAUUACAGCUGCAUAAAGACAAGGUUCAUUUUACAAGAUGUUCUCCAUAUGAGAUUAGAAUGGCACAUUUGAGAUGUGAUACAGAUGCUCAGUCUUGCAAUUACUGCUGAAUUCAGAGGUAUAUAAGUCAAUUGUAAUGUACAGCAUAACUGCCCAAUUACAGACAUGAAUUUUGUAGAUUUUCACCAAUGAAAAUUACAUUAUAGGGGUAAAUAUUUGAUGACUGGUGAUAUUUUAUAUUCAGAAAAUUGCUGCUACUCUCCAUACAUUUACAAGUAUCUUAUGUGCUUGCAGUGUUCGAUUAUGUACACUGAUUGUGUGUAAAUGUGUUGCACACAAUUCAAAAAGAUUCUGUAAUAUGCUUUGUCUCACAAAGCAAUUAUUUACCCACUUCUGCGCAAACAUGCAGAUUGUUUAUUGGAAUCAUUAUGUAGUUGACACUUAUUUCCACCAAAAGGCAAACAAAGUUUUGACAGACAUAUAAGUCAAUGUCUGAAUUUUUCAACUUUGAAUCUUGUAACUGGAAAUCUGAUAAUGACAAAAUGCUUGAAUCAGUGGCUGUUUCCACAUAGCUUUUCUUACAACACUUACAAAGGUAUAAAAAUUGUACAUAAAUUAUUUGAAAUGGUUACAGCAUACAGUACAUGAUAACAUUUCCAAUCUUAUACUGCAGGAGCCAUGAAACCAGAGGGGCAUAGUAAAGUUCUAAAACUUGUCAGAAGUAAGUGUUUGACACAUGUGACACACAGAGCAGAAAUUUUGUAAAUGUCUACCUAAGUGAUAUAAAGUAUACAUGGCUAUCAAA